AUGGGUAUGUCUACAGUGGGGAGAGAAAACGCCUCCAUGGCGCGGGACGCGCUCACCAAUCAUUCUAAGCGGGCCAUGAGCGGUGUAGCCCCCAAUAGAUUGUGCAAGCUUUGGAGUAUGCACUGCAUCAAUUCCAGGCACUGGAGNCAGCAAGACGUGACGCAGGAUGUCCAGGUAAAUGCUCANCUAGGACUCAACAAAUCUGCAAGAUCUGAUUUGCUCAACCAGGUUUACAUCGGAGGAUCGAUCUUCAUAUGGGGAACUGUGACUAUUAAUCUACUAGGCAAGCCGAAGCGCGUUUGGCAUCCUUAUCUUGCAACUUGGAUCCUAGCUGCUCUACUUGAGAUUUGUGUUCUUCUGGUGAAGAACUUCUCUAGUACAGGCAAGCUCGACUUUGGUUUUGAUGCUCCUUUGCAAGUUGGUCGUAUCGUGUGCCUGUUAGUUCUUGCUGGCAGUGUGGCGUAUUUCUCCCUCUGCCGUAAGCUAUCUCAACAUCGAGCCGAUGAAGAAUGUCGACCUUUGCUCGAUGUUCAUGGCAGACCGACUGAUAACUAUGCUUCGAUUGAAUCUGAAGAUGAAGAAGAUGAUCUGCUUGCUCUCCAAGACGAGGACGAUGGCCCUGACCAGACAAAAGAGUUGAAGGAGAAGCAAAGGAAGCGUUUGCAAGAGUGUGGAAGCUGGAUGGCAUAUCUGAGAGAUUUCAAAGUGCUUGCAAAGCUUGCCUGGCCUUCUGGAGAUCGAUCUGCCAAAAUCUGCCUGGCCAUUCUGAUGGUUGUCAUACUCGCUGACAGAGCUUUGAACCUUUUGGUUCCUAGACAGCUGGGAAUAAUCACCGAUAAACUCUCUUCGAUACGUGAUACUGGAGAUAUUCCUGUCAAAGAGAUCGGGCUGUGGAUGCUCUAUGUAUGGUUGAGUUCUUAUGCUGGUCUUCAUGCAAUCACUCAAUUCUGUCAAUUACCGAUCGAGCAGCACGCUUAUCGGAAGAUCGGGACCACAGCGUUUGGCCACAUCAUGAAUCUAUCCAUGGAUUUCCAUAGUAACAAGCACUCAGGAGAGCUGAUGGCAGCCAUUGGGCAAGGCCAGCACCUAUAUCGACUCUGCGAUUUCGUCUUUCUCGAUGUCGGCCCGAUGGUGUUCGAUCUAAUCAUAGCACUGGUUUACGUUACACUCCUNUUUGAUGCGAGCAUAACACUGAUCAUGAUUUUGGUCGGAGUUGGCUAUACCUGUAUUGGGUCUAGAUCGACUUCCUGGGCUAUGCAACGCCGCAGACAAUACAAUCAGGCUCAACGAAACGAGUCUAAGGUUCAGAACGAGAGUAUCGGAAACUGGCAGACGGUUGCACAUUUCAACAUGGCCGAUUACGAGUGUGCCCAGUACUCAAAGGCAGUUGAUGAGCAUAAUGUGGCGAGAGGGCGCUACUACAUGGUACACUACGCAGGAUACGCCGCGCAGAAUCUUCUGUUGCUCGUUGGUCAACUUUCGGCUGCGUUGCUUGCAGCAUACCGUGUAUCCCGUGGUGCAGCGCCAGUUGGCAAUUUCAUCACUCUAGUGACUUACUGGCAUACGAUUGAAGCACCCCUGACCAGCGUCUCAUUCUCUGUGAGACAACUCUCACAAAUGCUCAUUGACUCGGAACGACUUUUGGAGCUUUUACGUACUCAGCCAAGUGUUACUGACCGUCCCGAAGCAAAGCCACUACGCCUCAGGCAAGGCAGGAUCGAGUUUGACAAUGUCAGAUUCUCUUACGACGUUCGUAAGGCCUCUCUCGACAAUGUCUCUUUUGUCGCAGAAGCUGGCAAGACCAUCGCACUUGUUGGGGAGACAGGUGGCGGAAAGUCGACAAUACUCAAGCUGCUCUUUCGAUACUAUGAUGUGUCGAGAGGCAGCAUCAGAAUUGAUGGUCAAGACAUUCGAAAUGUCACCCUGAGUAGCCUCCGUGCAGCCUUCGGCAUGGUACCUCAAGAUCCAUGUCUGUUCAACACCAGUAUCAUGGAGAACGUCCGCUAUGCUCGACUGGAAGCAACAGAUGAAGAAGUCAAGGAGGCGUGCCGAGCGGCAGCAGUUCACGAUCGCAUCAUCUCUUUCCCUGAUGGUUAUCAAUCCACUGUUGGCGAGCGUGGCGUCAAGUUAAGUGGUGGUGAACUUCAACGCAUAGCAAUUGCCAGAGCAAUUUUGCGCGAUCCCCAUAUUGUGCUGCUGGAUGAGGCAACAAGUAUGGUCGAUGCUGAGACAGAAGCCGCGAUACAGAAAGCCUUUCAAAGACUGACCAAAGGGAGAACGACGUUUGUUGUCGCUCAUCGAUUGUCAACAAUUCAAGACGCAGACCUCAUUCUUGUUGUGCAAAAUGGCCAGAUUGUGGAAAGAGGCACGCAUGGGCAGCUCUACAGUCUCAAUGGCAAGUACACCAGACUUUGGUCGAAACAAUUGUCGAAGCAGACGACGAAAGCAUGA